AUGGGCUCAUACAAGUACCUCCAGGAGCUCUACAAGAAGAAGCAGUCGGAUAUCCUCCGAUUCUUGCUCCGUGUACGAUGCUGGGAGUACCGACAGCUCCCUGUCGUUCACCGUGCCUCGCGCCCUUCGCGACCAGACAAGGCUCGUCGUCUGGGUUACAAGGCAAAGCAGGGAUACGUCAUCUACCGUAUCCGCGUGCGUCGUGGUGGUCGUAAGAAGCCAGCACCCAAGGGUGCUACUUUCGGUAAACCCACCAACAUGGGUAUCAACCACCUCAAGUACCAGCGUUCUCUGCGUGUCACUGCUGAAGAGCGUGUUUCUCGACGAUGCGCCAAUUUGCGUGUGCUCAACUCGUACUGGAUCAACCAGGAUGCCACCUACAAGUUCUUCGAGGUGAUCCUCGUUGACCCUUCGCACAAGGCUAUUCGUCGCGACCCACGCAUCUCUUGGAUCUGCAACCCUGUUCACAAGGGACGUGCUCAGCGUGGUCUCACCUCCAUUGGCAAGAAGUCCCGUGGUAUCCACAAGGGACACACCUCCCAGCAAAACAGGCGUCGUCACUGGAAGCAGCACAACUCGCUUUCUUUGCGCCGAUACCGUUAG